UAUAUUCUGAAUCUCUAUAUGUAUUUAUGUCUAUCAAAAGAUGCGUGAUAACCUAAUGAACUUUAAUUGAAGUUCAUUCUAAAAGAACGUCAGUCACGUUUUGUUAGUCUCAUCCAACCGUAGACACGAUAGUGUUUCCAAUGGCUGCUUUGAAACAUUUUGUUAAUAAAAUCGACGAUGCCGUUGCAGAAUCUUUGUCAGGAUUAUGUUACACUUAUCCGAAAUUGGAAUUACAAUUAGCUCAUAAAAUUGUUCUAUCUCCUGAUAUUAGAAAUCAGAAGGACAAAGUUGCUGUAAUAUGUGGAGGUGGUAGUGGUCAUGAACCAUUUGUAGCAGGUUUUGUUGGUACUGGUAUGCUGACAGCUUCUAUAGCUGGUUCUAUAUUUGCAUCACCACCUUCUAAACAUAUAACACAUGCCAUUAACUGUGUCGCACAAAACAAUACAGCUGGUAUAUUAGUAAUAGUUCCAAAUUAUACCGGGGACUGUCUUAACUUUGGAAUAGCGCUUGAGAAAGCAAAACAAACGGGUAUUAAUAUUACAGAGAUAAUGGUCAAUGAAGAUUGCAGUAUUCCUGAGAAAGAACAAAGUUCUAUAGGUAAACGGGGUUUAACUGGAAUGGUAUUGGUUAUUAAAAUUGCUGGCGCGCUUGCUGAAAGAGGGGAAUCUCUUUCAAACAUAUUGAAAUAUGCAGAACUUACUGUGAAAAAUAUGGCUACUUACGCUGUUGGAAUAUCAGCAUGUUCUAUACCAGGUCAAGGAUAUAUGUUUGAAUUGGCAUCGGAUGAAAUAGAAACUGGUAUGGGUAUUCACGGAGAAGCUGGCUAUGAACGAAUGAAAAUAAAAAGUGCAUCUGAAAUCGUUGCACUUAUGUUGCAACAUAUUUCUGAAGAAUUAAAAUUAAUUAGUGGCGAUAAUGUUGUGGUAAUAGUAAAUAAUUUUGGAGCAUUGAGCCAGUUAGAACAAGGCAUUGUUACACAUGAAACUAUAAAACAACUUAAUAAUAAAGGUAUACGAUCACUUCGAGUUUAUUCGGGACUUUUAGUAACAUCUUUAAAUAGUGCUGGAAUACAUAUUACGAUAUUAAAAUGUCCUGAAUAUCAUAAAAAUAUAUUUCUAAGCUGUCUCGAUGACUCAACGAAUGCUCCAGGAUGGCCAGGUUGUUUUUACAGUGUUCCUUUGACUAUAACACGACCACCGUUUAAUGAAAUAGAAAAAGAGAAAUUAGACAAAAUUGGCAUUGAAUUAAGUAAUCGAUCUAAACACUUAAUGAAAUUAUGUCUGCAAAAUGCAUGUAAAAGCGUCAUCGAAAAAGAGGAAUAUCUUAAUGAAUUAGAUCGUGGUUGCGGAGAUGGAGAUUGUGGUACUACACUUAAAAGAUUUACCAUGGGCGUUCAAAAACAUCUGAAUGAUCUUUCUUUUGCUUAUCCUUCUUUAUUAUUAACACAAAUAGCUGAUAUUGCAGAAGAAAUCAUGGGAGGAUCGUCUGGUGCAUUGUAUUGCUUAUUUCUUACAACUGGAGCAAAAGAAUUAUUAUCCCUUAAAGAAAAUGAAAAUAUUACUUCUGCGUGGUGUCGUACAUUUCGGAGUGCAUUAGACUCCAUAAUUAAGUAUGGAAAAGCAAAACCUGGUGACAGAACAAUGUUAGAUGCAUUAGAUCCUGCAUGUAAGGCAUUAGAAGAAUUAGUAACAGCACCUUUAGCUGAUAUUAUUCAAAAUGUAAUUAUCGCAACGUGGCAAGGAUGUGAAGCGACUAAAGGUAAAAAAGCGAGAGCAGGACGGGCAGCUUACGUCAAAAAAGAACAUUAUAUGCAACAAGUAGAUGCAGGAGCAUAUGCUGCCGCUACUUGGAUAACAGCUGUAGGACAGACGAUUAAAAAUUUUAAGGAAUAAUAUUAUUGGAUAUAUUUCUUAUUUUAUGAUACUUCUAUAAAAGGUAUUCAUUUAUAAUUUUAUGUACAAAUAGUUUUUUAAAUGUUUACAAUCAUUGAAAUUACAUUUUAUACAUAAAGUGUACUAUUUUUACAAAACAAGUUAGUUGUACAAGAAUUUGCAAAAAAAAAAUAUUCAAAAUGAAGGAAAAAGUUACAAGUUGUGUAAUGUUUAUAUAUAUAUGAAGAUAAAAAUGAAAAA